GCGCACGCCAUCGUACGAAAUGUUUCAAUUGUUGAUUGAACAAUUCUGUUUUGAAACGAACGUUAUUUUAUCAAUAUUAUUAUCAUAUUAUAAUUAGAAAUAGAGCAAAAAGUGAACAAAAAUAAUUCAUUAUAUACAUUAUCAUUAUUCUUAUGUUGAUUGAAACAUAUUUAAAUGAAAUACAUAAAGAAGUAAAUGUCAGUAUUCUAACAUAACCUCAGCUUUUAUUAUUGAGAGUGAAAUUGAUAUUAUCAUUCUUUAAGUAUUUUUUCCUGAAAAGAAUUACAUUGUUAUAAAUAUAUCAUUUCAAAAUGAACAUAAGACUUUUAAAAGAUCCUGCUACUGUAAGUAGCCGUAUAUUUGUGGGUCAUUUACAAACUGAUGAUAUGACUAAACUUGAAUUGGAAGAACAUUUUUCAAAAUACGGAACCGUUGUUGGUUCUUCAAUAAAUCGUGGAUUUGGCUUUGUUCAAUUUGAAGAAGAACAAUCUGCUCAAAAGGCUAUUCAAAAUGAAGAUGGUGCAAUGUUCAAAGGCAGAAGAAUAGAUGUUAGGCCAGCAAAAAAAGAUAAUCAAUCUAGUGGAGGUGUAGGAAAACAAUUAGGAGGACCUAAUAAUCAAUUCAAUUCUGGCAAUAAUCAUUUUAAUGCUGGAAAUGAUCCUUUUAAUAAUGGAAAUCAGAGUUAUGGAGGAAAUUCAAAUUUUAAUGCAAACCAAAAUUUUAGUUGUGAUCCACAAUUAAAUGACAAUCAAAAAGGUAAUAAUAUGCAAAUUCGAGGAGGAAAUGAUCAAUUUGCAGAUGGAAAUCAGAAUAGAGAUAAUAUGAAUGAUCAAUUUGGAAAUCAAAAUCGAAAUAAUGGGAAUGAACAAUUUAACAAUGUAAUGCAAUCUAAAGGAAAUAAUAAUUUUAAUCCAAAUAAUCCAAAUAGAGGUGGUACUGAUCAGUUUAAUCAAAGCAGAGGUGGUAAUCAAUUUGGACCAGCUGGAAAUCAAAAUAGACCUAGUGGAAAUCAAAAUCGUAAUACAAAUAAUCAGAAUCAAAGUGGUAGUGGGGGAGGUAUGAAUAAUGGAGGGAGUGGUCGACCAAGAGGUACCAGAGGUGGAAAAAAUCGAAAUAAAAAUAGAGAUAAUUCAGGUGGAAAUAACUUCAGAGAUCGUAGCCCUAUUAAUAGAGGUCCGCGUUUAGAUGAUAAAAGUGGUAGAGAUUGGGAUCAUAAACAAGGGGAUAGAUUAAGAGGCAAUAAUUUUAAUAGAGAUUCAUUCAAUGAGAGCAAUAACCGUUAUGAAGAUUUUAAAAACUCUACUUCUAGAGAUAUGAACAUGAGUUUUAAUAAUACAAGUACAUCAAAUGAAUAUUCAAAUGUAUCAACUGAAAAAAAUGAUUGUGAAAUCAUUGUUGUUAACAAAGUUUUAACAGAAUACGCUGAAAGUAUUGAAAUGAGGUUAAAAAAAAUUGGAUUAACAGUUGAUUUAUUAUUUCCAAAUGAAGAUGUCCUCUUAAGUAGAGUUCUAGGAAAUAUUGCAAGUCGUGGAUGUUUAUAUGCAGUUGUAGUAACACCUAUUAAUCAAGAACAUCAUUCCUUAACUUUAAAUAUUCUUCAUGGUUUACCUCAAGAACAUAGAAAUAUGUUGGUUGAAGAUGCUAUUAAUUUAAUAUCGCGCGAUUUUGCUAAUUACAAAGCUGGUGGACGAUCAGUUCCAUUGAAUACACCUUUUGCAAACGAACGACAUCCUGAUGCUAUUCAAGUUCUUUUAAAUAUGCUGGCUGAUAAUCAUCAAUUAACAGUAUUACAAUAUGAUCGAGUUAUAAAAUAUCUCGAAAUUAAACGUGAAGAACAAGUGCAAGUUGAAUUAGGAGAUGUAAAAGAUUUACCAACUACAACAACUACGAUAACAGUCAGUGAUCCAAAACAAGCAGAAUUACAAUCUAGGAUACUUAAUAUCUUAAACAGUAAUAAAACAACUUCAUCUGCACCAGCACCAAGUCCAGUACCAGCUCCAACUUCAACACCAGCACCCGUUCCACCAGCUACUUGGGGAACAGCAGCAUCAACUGCGACAACAGCAUCCACUACUACUACUACUACUACUACGGGAGUUUCACCAUCGCCUCUGCUAAACGAUCCAACAGUUCAAAAGGCACUUGACAGUCUCUUGCAAGGCAAUUUACUCAAAAGCAUCGGCGAUCGGCAACCGACCACAACUACAACACCUCUGUUCGCUGCUUUUUCGAAUAUCGGCCGAUUUUAAUUCAUUUCAAUUUUAUUUAUCAUAUAAUGAAUAAUUGGGGAUUUGGAUCUCCUUUAUUUUUCUCAUAUUUAUACUCUCUCUAACUCUGAAGUAGUUACUCUUGAUUUAAUGAAAUGACAAUUUUAUGAUAACAUUUGAUAAGAAAUCAGAAUUCUGGUAGGGUUGCAUUCAAUUGCAAUAAUUGGAAUAUUUUUCUAAUAAAGUGUUAGUAUGCUUUUAUUUGUAUCAAAAAGAUAUAUUUUAAAUGUAGAAUGAUUCACAAAUUCUAUAAACGUUAUUUACGUGAUUUACAAAAGUAGGUAUACUAAUACUUGUUUAUACAGAUAUUUGUUCAAUUUUUUCAUUCUUAGGAAACAAUAUUUUAGUUCAAUAUA